AUGCUGUUCGGACUGAAGUGGCCAAUCGAGGUAGCGGACGGCUUUCGACUGCGGAGAUCUACGCAUAGGGGCGAUACAGAAUCGGAGGCACAAUUGUAUGACCAGAGCAGUGCUGACUUUACCAGCUUCCAAUACAUCAUCCGUUUGUUGAACACAAACGUCGAUGGAAAGCAGAAGGUCAUGUACGCCUUGACCAAGAUCACUGGUGUCGGUCGCCGAUACUCCAACUUGGUCUGCAAGAAGGCCGAUGUCGAUCUGACCAAGCGCGCUGGUGACCUCACCUCCGAAGAGCUUGAGCGUAUCGUUACCAUCAUCCAGAACCCUCUCCAGUACAAGAUUCCUUCCUGGUUCCUCAACAGGCAGCGUGAUAUCGUCGAUGGCAAGAACAGCCAGGUCCUCGCCAACGGUGUCGCCUCCAAGCUCCGUGACGAUCUCGAGCGCUUGAAGAAGAUCCGCGCUCACCGUGGUCUCCGUCACUACUGGGGCCUCCGUGUCCGCGGUCAGCACUCAAAGACCACCGGUCGCCGCGGCCGAACCGUCGGUGUCUCCAAGAAGAAGGGUUAA